AUGGCUGAGCCAUCAAACGGCAAAGGCCUAGUAGGCCGGGUACGGGGAGCCUCUAUCUCCCUUAUAAAUACCAAUCCGCAGUUGGGCAUGUGGCAGGCGGCCGGCACGGUAAUCGCACAAGCGCCUAACCUCACCGAAUUGCGUCUGCCGGAAGAGGCUGGAGGAAUCGAUUUCAAUUCGCAAGGACACUCAGCUAUCACGGCAGUCAGAGAACCGGAUGGUGAAUUAGUCCCAGUCCGCACAGCGACGAGAUUGAGUCCUCAGGCGACAGCGGAAUUGGGUCCUGUACCGGAAGUUGGAGAGCCGGGUGCGCCACGUCCAAAACGACGGCAGACUUUACUCGAGAAAGUCAGCGAUGAACCGAAAAAGCCUUGGGGCCCGACAAUCGUCAAUGGCCUAAAGGCGUUCUGGAAAUUCUUUUGCACGCCUGCGGGUUUCUGCAUAAUCAUUUAUUUUCUUAAUAUAGUAGCAUGGGGAGCUAUGCUUUUCUUUCUGCUCUUAAAGGCGGCACCAGCUAUGAAUUACCCAACAGCCGAUGACGACAAUUUGCCGAGGAAGAAAUGGCUUGAAAUCGACAGCCAAAUCCUUAAUGCCCUGUUUUGCGUUACUGGGUUCGGGCUAGCACCGUGGCGCUUCCGAGACCUGUACUUUUUUAUCCGUGCAUCGUGCUGCCACGAUAAAGUAGCGAUGGGAAAACUAUCUGUUCAAAAUAAGGGGUGGUUUCGCCCUCCUCUCUGGGCCCGCGAAGACGAGGACUGUCCGACAGAGGCGGUGCAGGAAGAUGGCCGCCGAAGUAUCGGGUCGAUGGAGAAGCAAGCGACUACGUUCACCGGCAACUUAGCGCCUCCUACCGCGCUUUGGAAGUUAGCAUUCACUAUAAUUAUGAUGGUCUUCAAUACUUUAUUCCAAGUAGCGUUGUCAUAUUUCAUGUGGGCAUAUAACCGACUUGACCGCCCGACCUGGGCCACAGGGACUUUUAUAGGGCUGGGCUGUGGCGUCUCAGCGCUAGCAGGCGGUAUGUCUUGGUGGGAGGGACGAAAGGUAAAGAAGACCGAAGGACCAGAGCUCAAGAUAAUCGAUCAAGUAUGA